AUGACAUUGACAUUUAGCAUAAAACAAUGUAAAUAAAAACAGACGAGCCCGACGAGCUCUUGUUAUAUUUUUAUGUUUUUAUCUUAAACACGUAACUGAAGUGACCUAAAGUGAAAAACGAUAAGCACAAAGUUUAGGUUGAUUUAUCCCUUCGAGACAAUAUUGAAUUUACCAUCAAUCGUGUCCCACAAUAUCCGCCCAUUAACACUUGAACUUUGACCUCGCAUUGUUAUCAUACUUUUUCGAAAAUGAGCUCAAAGGUGUGGAAGGCUAUAAUAAUGGGUGCACCGGGAAGCGGCAAAGGCACCAUAUCCGACCGCAUUAUCAAGAAAUUUAACAUAAAACACCUUUCGUGUGGAGAUAUAUUAAGGCGACACAUACAACAGCAAACAGCUCUUGGUGUCACGGCUAACAAAUAUAUGCAAAAUGGUCAAUUGGUUCCGGACAAAUUAGUUAUCGACUGUAUUCUCGACGAGGUGUCGAAUAUUGGCCAGAAAUCGUGGCUGCUCGAUGGAUUUCCAAGGACCAUUGAGCAGGCGAAUAAGUUGGCCGAAUGUGAAAAAGUUGAUUCCGUGAUGAAUUUGGUAGUGCCUCAUGAUAUAAUCAUUGAUAGAGUUAGAAAUCGGUGGAUUCACUUGCCGAGUGGUCGUGUGUACAACAUUGGAUUCAAUUCGCCGAACGUUCCAUUCAAAGAUGACGAAACUGGCGAAGCGUUGAUACAACGUGACGACGAUAAACCAGAAACAGUUCGGAAAAGGCUGGAGAUUUAUGAAAAUGUUACGAAGCCACUUGUUGAAUAUUACAAAAAUGGAGGUAGACUGGUUGAGUUUCACGGUAAAACGUCGGAUGAAAUCUGGCCGAAUGUAGUCAAGUAUUUACAGGACAAAGUGUAACGUGAAUUAUUGUAAUAAAAUUGUUAUUCCGGACAGUGUAGGUUGUUCGACUAAAGUA